AUGUCGAGAUCAUUUUUAGUUGAUUCGUUGAUAGGCAGUUCUAGUAAAGAACUUCAGCCUCAGUGUCAUCCCGCCUUCGCAUAUCCGCCAAAUUAUAUCAGCAGUUACCUAUUUUCGCUCAAUUUGGCUAGACAACAGCAACAACAACAAUUUUUAUAUCAACAAUUUCAACCGAAACCACCGGUGAGACCAGUUCCUUCAUUACCAGGAGCAAUACCAUUGGAAAUACCAGUACCAGUGCAAAUACCAGCAAGUCCCGAAUCAAUAUCUCCGCUGCGUAGUCCUACAGUUUCUCCUAAAAGGUCAGAAAGUAGAGAAACCACUCCAACUCCUCCGUCCAACCAACUUUCUUCUGCCAAAGAUUCUAGCAAACGAAUAAGAACAGCGUUCACCAGUACCCAGUUAUUGGAAUUGGAAAGAGAAUUUUCUUCAAAUAUGUAUCUAUCUAGAUUAAGAAGAAUUGAGAUAGCUACUACAUUAAGACUAUCGGAGAAGCAAGUGAAGAUUUGGUUUCAAAAUAGAAGAGUGAAAUAUAAGAAAGAAGAUUUGCCGGCAAGUUCAGGACAUUCCAAUAAUGGAUCCGGAAAGUGUUGUUGCUUCAGAGGUUGUGGCGGUUCUAGGACCACUAAAAGUUCCGUAUCUAGUUGUGAAGAUAUUGACAUUGACGUUACUAAUACAGAUGAUAGCGAACAUUGA